UGGUGAGACGGGUGCCUCCCUGAGACUGCAGAUCCUACCUGCGUAGUCACAUUUUAGUCGUUGAUUGGGAGUCAACAUGUACUGAAGCUGACUGGAGGAGAGCCAUAAUUCAGUGACUGCUGAACAAACAGAGGAGACGAUACAUGAACACUGCUGAAAAGUCCUCAAAGGAUUGACAAUGAGUGAAAACUUGAGAGGAGGCUACUAUGGGUCCUCACUCCAAGAGCUGAGACUUCUUCUUUUGGGAAACAUUGGCUGUGGAAAGACGUCUUCAGCGGACACCAUCCUGGAACAACUGUCCCCCGUCUCUCCCAGUGCCUCCAGGAGCUGUCAGCUGCGACAGGGCAUCUCUGAUGGCAGGAGUUUGACUGUGGUGGAGGCACCAAGAUGGUACUGGAGUGGUGGCAAGAUGGAGGACAGUGUCAGGAGGGAGACGGAGCGAGCGAUGACACUGUUAGCACAAGGCCCGCAUGCCAUUUUGCUGCUGGUGCCUGUUGGUCAAUUCACAGAGAUGGAGUGUCGUGUGCCUGCAGAGCUGGAGGAGGUGUUUGGUGAGGAGGCAUUGGAUCACACCCUGGUCCUGCUGACCUGUGGUGACUACUUGAUGGGAAGAACCUUAGAGGAAUACCUGCAGAAAGAACACCCAGGCCUGAGGCAGAUGAUUGAGCGCUGUGGAGGGAGGUACCAUGUCCUCAAUAAUCGUCAGCGACAUGACAGGGAGCAGGUCCGCGAGCUGCUGGAGAAGGUGGACAAUUUGGUGCAGAGAAGUGGGGUAUACCAUAUGAAAUCAGUCCAGGAGAGAGAGCUGGACAGACGAGUGAAAGAGAGAAAGAGAGAACUUAUGGAAAGCUACAGAGCACAAAAGGAGAAAAGAGAGACUUUCGCUUCAACGCACAUCCCAAACACAGAGACACGGAGGAGUCUUGUUGAAGGAGAGGACUACAGCACCGCCUUGGAGAGGAGGGGGAGAGAGGAGAGGGAUGAGAUGGAUGAAAGUAUAAGUGUGAGGCAAAGAUCUAACGGGCUUCAUUCAAAUCCAGCAACAGAGUGGUAUUCAGAGUCGAAUGAGGACAGGCAGGUGAAGAGGACGCCCAGUUUCAGACUAAAUGCAGAUGGAGCUGUACUCUCACAAAUGUCUGAGCUUAAAUCGACUCCGAAAGUGGUCACUACCUUUCACCACAGAAUGAACAGCUUUGAAGACAGAUCCCCUGAGGCGUCUCCGACCUCUCCCUAUUCGCCCGUCUUCACCUCUUCUUCCUCUUCACCAACCUUUGCUUCCUCUCCCACCUCAUUCCCCUCAUCCUCCUCUCCCAACUCAAACCCCUCAUCCUCCUCUCCCAACUCAAACCCCUCAUCCUCUACUCCCAUCUCAAACCCCUCAUCCUCCACUCCGACCUCAUUCCCCUCAUCCUACUCCUCUUCUUCAUCCUCUCCGGAGUUGCGUCUGGUGCUGCUCGGACGAUCUGGAUCAGGGAAGAGCGCAGCUGGCAACAGCAUACUGGGGAGAGAGGUGUUUGCAUCAUGUCCGGACAGCCUCACAGCGAUCACUCAGGAGUGUGAGAAAAAGAAGACAGUGGUUGAGGGAAGACAGGUGGCGGUGGUGGACACCCCAGACUGGUUCAAUUCAGAGCAAACUCCAGAUGAGGUGCGAGCUCAGAUCUCCUCUUGCGUUGCUUUAUCCAGUCCCGGCCCACACGCCUUUCUCAUUUGCGUCCCCUUAGAUCAGCCUGCAAAGACUGAGAUGCAGGCUCUCAAGACCCUUGAUGCUGUUUUUGGCCCAGAGGCGGUUCAGAACCACACUAUACUCCUCUUUACAUACGCAGAUAAACUGAGGGAGAGUGGGAAGACAGGAAAUAACAGUGUGGAGGCAUACAUCGCUGGUCAGCGGGGGGAUUUGUUAAAGCUCGUGGAGAAAUGCGGGGACAGGUUCCAUGUGAUGGAGAUGGCAGGAGGUUGGAGGGAAAGGAAGAAUGUGGCGGAGCUGCUAGAAAAGGUGGACCAGACAGUAAAGGAAAGCGGAGGACAGUUUUACUCCCAUCCUGCUUUUCAAGAGGCGGAGAACAGAGUGAGGCAGAGACAGGUGGAGAUAGCAAGGGAGAGAAAGGGAAAAAAACUACAGCAAGACAGACUGGCAGAUGUUAGACAGCUCAACUCUGAAAGGCGGGUGCUUUAUCCCUACAUGCAGCCUGUGGCUGAGACAGAAGAGGAAGUGAGAGAGGAUGAGAUUGAGAAAACAAGGGAUGAGGCAGAGAUGAGUGUAAGAACAAUGAAUAUUGAAAGCCUUCCUCCUAUUACACGUUCCACCUUGUCCCCUUCACUUCUUCGUUCCAUUAUGGAGAAAAUGGGGUCCACUGCAAACAUGUUACCCCAGCUGUUGGCAGACAGCUCUGUUUUGGUCGGUGAGGGAGCAAAGAAGAUGAAAGACAGUCCGAUGUGGGGGACAGUCGGCAGCCAAGCAAAAAAUGUCCAGAAGAUGGUGGCUGAUAGUGCUGUGUGGGGUAAGGUUGGAGCUGGUGCCGGACAUGUGUCCAAACUAGUUGGAGAUAGAUGUCCCAAGGUAGUAUUGGAUGGUACUGCAUGGGUGGGAUCUGGAGCAAAGGCAGCAAGGGCUAGUCCAGUGUGGGGAAAGGUUGGUUCAGGGGCCAAAAUAGUGGCUGAAAACUCCAUGCGUGUCGGAGCUGGGCUUGGAACCGGGGCAAAAAAUUUGGCGCAGAGUCCUAUGUGGGGGAAAGUAGGAUCUGGGGCCAAAACUGGAGCUAAACUGAUGGCUGACAGCUCUGUGCGACUUGGAGCCGGAAUUGGUGCCGGUGCAAAGAAGAUGGCGCAGAGUCCAGUGUGGGGGCAGAUUGGCUCUGGGGCCAAAGCAGGGGCCAAAAAGGUGGCUGAGAGCUCAGUGUGGGAGAAAAUUGGGACAACUGCUAAAAAGGUGCCCAAGGUAGUCAUAGGGGGCGCAUUGCUGGGUCUGGUGCUUGGCGUGUUUUUGGGUGGUGCACUUGGCGGAGCUCUCGGGGCAGCUGCUGGGUCUGCGGUAACUGAGGUGGGCAGACGAAAAUUAAGCAACAAAAACACGAUCGAAAAGGCGGAUGAAGUUGCAAAAAAUGUGGAGAGAACAGUGAACGAUGGCAUAGACUCUCUGGUAAAACAAGGAGAGAAAGUACUGAAAACUGAAUGAACGGCUGAAUGGAUUGUGUAUAUAAAAAUGUAUAACACAUGUACAAACAUUUAGUUGUCAAUUAGCACCAUCACAUUGUGCAAUCCAAAAACAGCAGUUAAUGUGUUCUUCAUUUUUAUUUUGACAGAUGCUCAACAUUUAAAACAUGCACUUUUCAUUAAGUCUUUCUUUCUGUCUACACUGAUAGACCGCAAGUUACAGGAUCUGUGAAAUUAUAUUAACUAUUUCAUAA